GGAAGGAAAAUGGCGGCGGCGAGUGGCGGCGCGAUGCGGCGGCGGCCCGCGGCGGGCCUGGUCCGGGCGGUGCGCGCCAUCUGCGGCAGCGGGCGGGCGGCGGCGGCGGCGGAGGCGGAGGGACUGAGGGCCGAGCAGCUGGCGGGGCGGCUGCGGGCGCAGAGGAGCCAGGAGGAGAAGCAGAACAGAGAGAUCCCCAAAGACCCAGCACAGAGAUGGGUCCAGAAACUUGCCAUGCUGAGCAAGCAGCUGCAGCAGAUUCAUCCCAACGUCCUGGCCAAAGUGCUCAAGCAGGCAACCGUGUACCAAAAUGAGGAGAUUGUGGUGAUCAACAAACCCUACGGCCUUCCCGUGCAUGGUGGCCCCGGGAUCAAGAAUUGUAUCACUGACGUGCUGCCAAUUUUGGCCAAGAUGUUGGAGAACAUGAACGCCAAACCACUCCACCUCUGCCACCGGCUGGACAAAGAGACCACGGGUGUGAUGGUGCUGGCACGGAGCAAGGAGGUGGCAGACAGGAUCCGGCUUCUCUUCAAAACUCGUCAGGUGGAGAAGAUCUACUGGGCGAUUAGCCUGGGGGACCCAGACCCUGCCGAGGGCAUUGUGGAUAUCCCCAUCGUGGAGAAGGAGGUGCGGAGCCACCAGUCGCACUACAAGAUGACACUGGCCCCCAACUACCGCCUGUCUCCGGAGGAUGGAAAGGUGAUGAAAAUCCGCAAGAACCGCAAUGCCGAAAGUGCUGUGACGCGGUACCGCCUUCUGGCUAGCUCUUCCGCCUGCUCUCUGCUGGAGCUCCAGCCCAUCACGGGGGUGAAGCACCAGAUCCGGGUUCACCUGGCCUAUGGCUUGGGCUGCCCCAUCCUGGGCGAUCACAAAUAUUCGCACUGGAGCAAGUUGGCACCCCAGAAGCUUCCUGAAAUCACCUUGAAGAGGCUGAAGCUGGAGCAGAGCAAGGCUCGCCACCUCCCCCUCCACCUCCACGCCCACCGCCUCUCCCUGCCCCUGGGCCAGCAGAUAGACCUCAUCUGCAAGCCGCCCGUCUUCUUCCAGAAGACUCUGAAGAAGCUGGAUCUGGAUGUUGCUAACGACUAACGAGGCAGGACGGGUGCAGUACUGUGUAUUACCGCAUCUCCAGCACGUGGUAGUGCUGGGUCCAGCCGCUCUGGAGUGGUGUCCGGCUUGGAGCCAGCAGUGUGAUGAAUUCUAUGGUCUCUGCUGCUUGCCAGAGACCUCCUGUGUUGGUAUGGGUGUUUCUGGCUUCAAACCAGGUACCUGUGUGUGUUUCUUGCCCUGAUUUGGUGCAGAAACGUGGCUGGGAACCCUGAAGAGCCUCUUGUUUAGACAAAUGAGACUGGGUAGAAACCAGGCUUUGCCCAGUCCGUGUUUUAAACUUGUCUGUGAGCAAUAAAAGAUCCGGUUCCUGCCGAGGUGAAGGGUUGCGUGUCUCUCUGCUCAGGCCAGGCGGAUCUCAGUCCCUGGGCAGGUUUGAUCGUACCUGGGUGCAGUCCCUCCUGGUUUGAGGGCUGUUGUUUGUCCCUCUAGAGCUGUUUAGCAGUCUGUCCCUCACAUCCUGGCGCUCUGUGUUCCAAUUUGGAGACUCCCCUUCAUUCGAAAAUCCAUCGAAAGUGCAAUUUGGCAGCAGCCGUGGGGUUUUUUGGUUGGUUUUUUUUUGCUGUGCCAAGAGAUUGUGCAGGGAGUUCCUCUGCUUGGCUUGGCCGAGCAGCUCCGGGACUCCCUCCACUCUGCACUGCCGGAGGUGUUGGCACGGGAUUCUGGGCGCUGACUGCGCCACCAGGAGAAGCUUUUCUAUUCCAGCACCCCUUCUGAUUUCCCCAUCGCUUAUUUCUAGAUCCCGUUACUGGGAUCCCUCUCCCUCGGGAGCUCACCUUGGAGCCGGGUUCCUUCCCCCGAGAGGGAGACAAAUGGAGAGACUGAAAGGCCGGGGAACCGCAGCUGAUAUUCUGCCUCAAAAUUGCAGCCACCAGCGUUUGGUGUCUCUUGGCCUGUCCCCAGGAUUUUCUCCAGCCCCUUGGGCUGGUUUGGGUGCUGGAAAGGGCUCUUUGUACCCCAUGGGGCCACCAUGUACCUGGCUGGGGCUUUUUAGUAGGGCAAUGCCCUGUGCCUUGCCUCCCCGCUCCUCACGCGGGGUGAAAAUAACUGGGGAGCCCCACGCCCCUCCAAGGCACCGCCAGAAAUAUAUCUGCUUAUGAGAGAGGGCCGUAAAACCACGAGGAGCCGGGGAGCGGCUGCGGCCGGGGAGGAAUGCUGCCUUCCCAGCCCGAUGCCACAGCUGCUAUAUUUUAAUUUUUUUUCUUCUAUUUUGGGGCAUGCUAUUUGGGAAAAGGCUUCCCCCUGUAAUUACCAGUUGAUUUAAUGCGCUGUUUAAGCUGUCAUUUACAGCCGCCUGGUACCGAGCGCUUGACAAGUGAUGCCUUCAGUCCUACAAAAUCACUCCUUGAGCCAGUCACGCCUCAGACGACACCAGAGCCUCCGGGCAGCAGCAGCAGUCGCCGUCGUCUCCUUUUCCUCAAUAGAAAAAUGUCGCUCUCGCACACGGCCGCCGAGUACAUGCUCUCUGACGCUCUCCUCCCGGAUCCCGGUGGUUCCCGAGCCAAGGGUCUGCGUCUGGAGCUGCCGAGCGAUCGCUU